AUGUUAAUUGGCAUCACAGGCACAUUAUAUUCGGGCAAAUCAGAAGUGGCGGCAUUUCUUGUUAAUGAAUAUGGGUUUAAGUAUAUUACGGUGGACGGAACGCCGGCUGAAACCCAUCUUCAAAUAUUCAAAAGAUUCGACAAGGAAUCAGAAUUGAUAGACUUUGUGACGAAGAACUGGUACGGUAAAUUUGUCCUCACAUGCAUUACAAACAACGAGUUUCUCCAAGCGCUCUUAAAACGGCCCUUUUUUCUCCAUGUGGCUAUAGACGCGUCACUAACCAACCGAUUCAAAAGACUUCGAAAAACGGACGCGAACAUCACCUUGGAACAAUUUGCACUGCGAUCAGACGAAUAUAAAUUUGGUAACAAUGGCGAGAUGUUGCGGAUCCUUGACCAGUCGGAAAUACGCAUCAUCAAUGAUGGGCACACGGUUGAGGAGUUCCACGAUAGACUUCGGAGUCUGAAUCUUCUGAACCAGGAACGGCUCAGACCCUCCUGGGACGCAUAUUUCAUGAGACUGGCAGAUCUAGCUGCGCUGAGAUCUAAUUGCAUGAAACGCAGAGUCGGCUGUGUGCUAGUCAGAGAUAGCAGGAUUCUGGCAACAGGUUACAACGGCACUCCACGUAACGUCAAGAACUGCAAUCAGGGGGGCUGUCCAAGAUGUAAUGCGGGAGAUUCAUGUGGAGUCAGCUUGUCGACAUGUUUGUGUCUGCACGCGGAAGAGAAUGCCAUCUUGGAGGCAGGUAGAGACAGAAUAGGAAAAAGCGCUGUACUGUACUGCAAUACCUGUCCAUGUCUCACAUGCUCUAUAAAAAUUGUUCAGAGCGGCAUUGAAGAAGUGGUUUAUUCCCAGAGCUAUUCCAUGGAUGAGCUGAGCUCCAAGGUAUUCCAGGAGGCAGGCAUCAAGCUUCGACAAUACAUCUUGCCCCUCAACGGAGUCGUCAUUUUAUAG